GAAGAAUGAAGAAGAAAAGUAGGAGAAAGCUGAUGAUGGAGAAGAUAACUCAGGGUUUGGAGGCAAUAAAUGCUCAUGAAGAUGAUGAUGAGGAUUGGGUAAUGUUUUCUCAGGAUGAAGACGAUUAUGAAGAAUUUGUAUUGUUCCAGCAGCAAAUGCAAUUGGCAGCUACAAGCCAGGGCCUUCCAAGGAAUACUACUUCAAAACUACAAGGCAGCGUUUCAAAGUUUGGUCGUUUGGGAAAGUCAGUUGUGGAAGCUACUCCCAUUCGUUGUGCUCCUAAAUCUGUAAAACAACCAUUGGUGUUGCACUUUUUAGCACAAGGAGUUGAGCAAUGGAUUAGACAAUACUACAGAAAUUGUGACAAGAUACUGGUAGUGGGUGAAGUUGAUUUCUCCUUCUCUUCUAUUUUGGCCUCCUUUGGUUUAGCUUCUAACAUGACCGCCACUACUCUCGAGUCCCGUGAUUUUUUCAUCAAAGAUUAUGAUAAGAAUGCUCUUGAAAACAUUGUUACUUUGAGAAGGAAGGGAUGCAAGGUCAUGCAUGGUGUUGAUCCCAAGUACCUGGCUGACCACUCAUUAUUGCAUGGUGUUGUUUUUGAGCGGAUAGUCAUUAUUCUUCCGUUUUUUGGUUUUCCCAACUUGAAAUCCCGCACUUUCCGACUAAGAAGGCAUCAAUUCCUUGUGAGGGAGUUUAUAGAAAAUGCUAUGAAGCUGAUUGAUAAAAAUGGAGAAAUCCAUAUAGCACAAAGGAGGAUAAGAGGUCUCCGAAGUGAAUGGGAAAUGAUCCGAGCAGCUGAUUUCAAUGUUGAUGAUUGUCUCUAUACCAGAUUUGAAUUUGUAACGCCAUCUUCAAGCUACUAAAUCAUUCGUCCGCAUGGAAUUCUGAUAACAAAGUGAUAUUCAAAUUUUAAGUCCAUGGUUCAUGGUUGGUAGAAUGGCUCCAACACACACACACAAAACUGUUACUAAGAUUGCAUCAACAUUUGCUCUCCAA